UGCCUUUGGUUUGAAAAACCUCCCGUCUCAAUUGACCCUGGUUUCGCGAGCUGUGAAUGCUUUGUACGCCAUUGAUUUGAACCCUCUCUCUCUCUCUCUCUUUUGAUUUUUUUUUUCUUUUUUGCUAUUCUUAGGAUCAAUCCUUUAUAGCUCCAAGCUUUGUCCGACCUUACCCCUUUGGUUCUUUCCUUCUGGUAAGAAUCCGCUCUCUUUGAUAUAUAAAUUUUUUCUUUCUUUCUGUAUAUGGUACGUCGUCAUCGAAAUCCGAUUGGUCUUCUCUGGAUUUGCCACCGAUUCUUGAAAAAUUCGCCUGCAGCGGCUGAUCCCUGAUCUGUUGAUCUGCUCUCUUUUGUUUGUGUAUAGGGUUUGUUGUUUCUUUCUGGAAAAAGACGCGAUGGAUUUGGGAUUUUAGGGCUUUUUUUGCGGUUGCUUGUGUAUAUAUAUAUAUAUAUAUAUAUAUAAGCCGAGGGAUUUUGUCUUCUCAAAUCCUGUUUUUUUUUUUUCCGUAAACGAAAGUUCUUAGAUUUCUCCAAAGUCUUGAUUAAGGAUGUCAUCAGCUGGUGUUGCGUUAAGUCCGGUUCGUAGCGAGCCUUUGAUUAUGCCUCUGGUUCGUGCGAACUCUUGUGUUGAUUCCUUACCAGACGACACCAUUAUGAUCUACCUCACUCUCCCCGGAUCGGUUAUACCCAUGCGAGUGCUCGAGUCUGAUUCUAUUGAGUCUGUUAAGCUUCGGAUUCAGUCUUACCGCGGGUUUGUUGUGAGGAAUCAGAAGCUUGUUUUCGGGGGACGUGAACUAGCUAGAAGCAAUUCUAAUAUGCGUGAUUACGGUGUCAGUGAAGGCAACAUACUUCACUUGGUUCUUAAGCUCUCUGAUCUCCAGGUUCUUGAUGUUAAGACCACCUGUGGUAAACACUGCAGGUUCCAUGUUGAGAGAGGGAGGAACAUUGGCUAUGUCAAGAAGCAGAUUUCUAAAAAACGUGGUGGUGACUUUGUUGAUCCUGAUGAACAGGAGUUGCUUUACGAAGGUGAGAAGUUGGAGGAUCAGAGUCUUAUUAAUGACAUUUGCAGAAACGAUGACUCUGUUUUGCAUCUUCUUGUUCGGAGAUCUGCUAAAGUUCGAGCUAAGCCUGUCGAGAAGAACUUUGAGUUGUCUAUUGUUGCCCCACAAGCUAGUAGUGAUAAUAACAAGGGUCGUGAACCUGACUGCGUUGUGCCACCUAAGAAGCUAUCUUUAGAGCCGGUGAUUAUCAACUCCAAGGCUCAAGUACCUCUGGUGGUUCAAGAUAUGAUUAAGUCUGCUUCGGAUGGACUAAAUAGUGGGAAUCCUCCGGUUAGGUCAAGAGAAGGCACGGGAGGUGCUUAUUUCAUGCAGGGUCCAUCAGGCAACAAAUUUGUUGGUGUAUUUAAGCCUAUUGAUGAGGAACCAAUGGCUGAAAACAAUCCUCAAGGUUUACCACUUUCUCCAAGCGGUGAAGGUUUGAAGAAAGGAACGAAAGUUGGUGAAGGUGCGUUAAGAGAAGUCGCUGCUUACGUUUUGGAUCAUCCCAAAAGUGGGAACCGAUCUAUGUCUGGUGAAGAGAUAGGUUUUGCUGGUGUACCUCCCACAACUAUGAUUGGAUGUCUCCAUCCUGGGUUUAACCAUCCCAAAGGAAUCAAAACCAAGAUUGGGUCACUUCAGAUGUUUACAGAGAAUGAUGGCAGCUGUGAAGAUAUGGGUCCACUUUCAUUUCCAGUAGAGGAAGUUCAUAAGAUUUCUGUGCUGGAUAUCAGACUUGCCAACGCAGACAGACAUGGUGGGAACAUUCUGAUGACCAAAGAUGAAAACGGAAAGAUCGUUUUGGUUCCUAUCGAUCAUGGAUACUGCUUGCCUGAAAGCUUUGAAGAUUGCACGUUCGAGUGGCUAUAUUGGCCACAAGCCAGGAAACCGUACUCUGUGGAGACUCAAAAUUACAUUAGAUCACUGGACGCAGAGGAAGAUAUCGAUCUACUGAAGUUCUAUGGGUGGAAAAUGCCUGUGGAGACGGCUAGAACGCUCAGAAUCUCAACAAUGCUUCUGAAGAAAGGAGUGGAAAGAGGACUAACAGCAUUUGAGAUUGGGACCAUAAUGUGCAGAGAAACACUGACUAAGAAGUCGCUAGUGGAAGAAAUGGUAGAGGAAGCUCAAGAAGCGGUGCUUCCAGGGACGAGCGAAGCUGCAUUCCUCGAAGCUCUAUUCGAUGUGAUGGAUUACCAUCUCGAUGAGGUGGUUAGCUCUCAGGAACACUAAAUGUUGUUCUUGUUUGUCUCAAAAACUCUGGUAUAUACUCGUGGUUGGCUUUUUAUAAACCUGUUGGCUUUUGUAUUUUUAUAUGACAUCAUAUCUGUCAUUCUUUGGGGUUGUUGGUUCAUUUCACUCUGACAUAUUUCCUUGAUGACAAUUUUAAGUGUUUACAAUAGUUUUUUUGUUUUUGUUUUUGUUUUUGUAACAUUUCUCUUUCCUACACUAUAUAUACGUCUCUGUGAAUAAGCUAA